CGGGUCUUGUUUUUAUACCCGAAACGAGACCCUUUCUGUGUGACGUGCAGUUGUGAUGGUGAAGCUGCGAGUGGCAAUCCGGAAGAUUGCGGAUUAUAUACGCCAUGAUUUGAAGGAGAUUGCUCUUCCUUCCUCUCUUCCGGAUCCACCAUCGUACAUGGCACAUCAGGGAAGACGAUUAACGCCUGCGGAGCGGAUGCAGGUGGUUCGAGAAGCGUGGGUGCUGUACAAGGCAAGUUGGAGGCACACCUUAUGGGGACAGGAACUAGAGGUGAACGAAUCCGGAAAGAAGAAAAAGGAGGACGAGCCCACGCUGGCUGAGGAGUUGUCUGCCAUAGCAAAGGCUGGUGCAAAUGGAGCGGUGCCUAUGCUGCAGCAGCUCUAUCUGACACGGGCGGCAGCAUACAGGGAUGGCUUGAGAAGUUUUGUCCAAGGUUAUCAGGAAGGUAUUGCAGAAGUUAUGGAAAAAGAAAAGGAGCAGCUCAACACCAAAACAAGUUCUUCUGAUGGUCAAGAAGAAAAGGAGCAGCUUAACACCAAAAGUAGUGCUUCUGAUGGUCUUGCUGACAGUGGUUCUUCAGGUCCUCUUGCCGACAACCGUUAUCCCAACAGUGCGACAAGCACAGAGGGGUCCGAGCUGCACAAGGGGAACCGUUGAUAUCAGAGGUGGAGUCUGAAAGGAAGAUUUAUGAUUGUGUGUAAUACACAACUUCACAAAAACAAAGCACAUCUCAUCAG